UUUAGAUGCGGAACGUGCAUCUAGGUAUCCGUAUGCCGUGACGGAUAUUGAACGAGAAAAGAUCCGGGUCGAUUAAUUUAACGUUGCGUAACCUGUAACCCAUUGUAUGUACAUUUCCUAAAUCAUACAUUUUAAUCUUUUCGCGGACCAGCGGACAAACAUGUGAAACUAUCGGAUCCACAGCUCCGAGCUCCGAGCUCCGAGCGUAGCGAACACCGAACAGCAGGUAGUUGCGGCGCGAGGAGGUGCAGGUGCAGCUGGCUGGCGCGCGAGUGCAGCUGAGCUGUACGGUACGGAUCGUGCGUGUUCCUCUUCCUUUCCUAUUCCUCCUCGAUGGAUCUCCUUAUUGGGACGAGGUCCAAACGGUUCGCCGAUUGUCCAAGCUCGCUCGUUUGCGCGAUAAUUUCCGACGUGUAACGGCUAUUGAUUGGUGAGAAUCAGUGCGGCCUGCGGCUGCCCCAGCGGCAGUGACUGGUGAUAACCUCAGCGGUCGCGUCGACUUCUCCAGUCUCCUCGCGCUCCAGUGUCUCGAGAUUGUCGAGAUCGGCGAUGCGAACCGGACGGCAGCCCGCGGCAUGUAAUUAGAUCCAGAGCACGCUCGCGGCAUUCGUCUCCUCCUUGAUGCAUCGCGCGUGGCCGCCGCGCGACUACCCCACGUCAAGCCUGUGUGAUGAUCCCCGUGACGUUGACGGCCAGCGAGUCGCAGUCGAAGCCGAGACUCCGAGGCGUCGUCGGUAAGAUCUUCCCGAUUUGUUGACGAAGGCGAGUGUACGUCCGCUGCCGAAAAUGACGGAGAGCCUGAUAACCGAGUGGCUGGCGGACUGCAAGGACGUUGCGCCGUCGGAGCUGCACAUGUUCGCCAGAACGCUCUCGCAGGACAACGAGAUCGUGCGGGCGCUCUACGUGCUCCUGGAGGAGCGCACCAAGUACAGCGAGUUAAUGGACGAAGUAUGUAAUCAAUUGUACAAUUUUUAUCGGUCUCGGGAAUUAGAGUUACAAAGGUUCACUCUGCAAUUUCUACCGACGCUAAUACAUAUUUAUCUAAAUUCCGCUGCACAUGGUGAUAUUAAGAGUUGUCGCUCUCUUGAGACUUUAUUAAUUGGAUUAUAUAAUCUAGAGGUGGUCGAUAAGUCAGGACAACAAAAAGCGAUCUCAUUUAGAUUACCAUCUCUUGCUAUGCUAUCCAUAUAUCAUGAGCCUGCGAGUCUAGCACCCGCCUCGCUAACAGAAAGCGCAGUACGUCGUUUUGAAGAGUGUAACUCAAAACUUGUGAGCUGGGGUCCGUUGCAACAAGUAGAAACAUUGAAUGCGCAAAACAGAUUGAAAGUUAUGACAGCCCUACUUUUUAUUUAUAAUCAACAACUUGGAUAUAUAAAUAAAUUUGCUCUGGAACAAUUGUGCAAAGUCGCAACAAAGCUUGUUACUCAAGGAUUUAUGAAACCGGGACAUCAUCAACGUUCCUCAUAUGGCAGUGAGUCUAGCUUUGUUCCAAGGCUUUUACCACGUAUACCAGUAUCCAGCCAAUUUCUCUUGGAAUUCUUGCAUGCUGUAUAUUUUGCCAUGUAUAACGAAUGUUGGUAUGUAGGAAAUCAAGCUAUAGAAGAUAUUCAUAACAGAGCAUGUUAUGAAGCAUAUCCAAAUGUAAUGUUAGUUACCAACGCAAUACGCAAUUCUGCCAGUUCUGGAGCACCAGGUCAACCGAAUGAUGGACCAAUUGGAAUUAGUGUUGCAUUAUCCCCAGCAACUACUACUACACCAACCGUUUCAAAGUCUAUGAUCACAAAUGCUUCCUUCCGUACUAAGAAAUUACCAGACGAUCUGGAUGAGAAGUUAUUUGCGGUCGAAUUGAGCAAUUGUCAAGCCGAGAAGCAACAGCGACCGGCAGUAGCGGGCAGCCACAAACGUCGUCCAUGGCAUUGGAAGCACGCACUUCCAAAUUCGGUCGAUAAGAAGGAUACGGGCGUAGGGAAGGCGCAGUCUUCCUCCUCAGUGGAAAGUUCUAGACGUGGAAGUAUAUGCAGCAACAGCCAAAGCUCGCCGAUAAAGUCCUCUCCCAAAAAGAGCAAAGAUCAACAGUCGAAGAAAACGACUAUUGACAAUAAGGAUGAUAUCGGCCAGAAAACUAGAAAAGAUAGUAUCGUAAUGUGCGACUCCAAUUUUCCCGACGAUAGAUUGGCAGCCGCUAACGCGCAUCUGUAUAGCUUGUUAGAGGAACAGGCUCUGGGAGAGAUUAUUCGUGAAUCGGUGGAAAAUGUAUAUACAGAAGGCAACAGUAAAUCAAUGCAAUUUUGUGCCACUGCCGCACUAUCGUCAAACACAUGGUAUUAUCACUCCAGUUACAACACUGUAGGAUGGCAUGACAUACCAAUACAAGUAGUAAAAGAUGAAACUACCGGAGAAGGUAAGGGUAACCUGGUGUCAAUCAUGGAGGAACCAGAAUCAACGGAGCCGAAUCGUAUUGGUUCCAUGAGACAAUCAAAGGAUCAAAAGACUGCUUCGAAGAUAACGAAUUUCCCUGUGCUCGGAAAGAAACCCAAAGAGAAAGAGGGAAAGGUAACGAAAAAUGCUCACGUCGCGUCGUCCGAGAAAGAGAAGAAGCUCGGCUCUCAGGCGACGUCGAAAGAGAGCAUUAAAGGAAGUUUAUCAAUGUUAAAUAGUGAACAACAAGCGGAAAUUGACGGAAACGUUAACGGAUGUGCGAUCCGAAAGAAAAAUAAUAUAGAGAAUAAUUCGAUCAUAAUAGAUCCAAACGUAGCGUUGAUCGACGGUGAGAGACUGGCGUUAAGUAGUGACGUUACCGAUGGUAGUAAUAUGGAAAAUUCUAUUAAUUUAAGAGCACAUAAUGAAACAGAGUCUUUGGGUUCUUCUAUCCAAAUCAGCUCUGUUUAAUGAUGAUAAAAGUAUAUAAAAAAUGUUACAUGAAAAUAGUAAUGGGCUGAACAUAUUAAACAAAUAAGCCAUUUUCUUCCAUCUAGUAAAGUCUUAUUAAAAUCCAUGUAUAAUGUGUACACGUUGCCUUUUUCUAGAAUUAUUUAAGAUCACACGCACUAUUUUCUCAACAAUGAUACAUGUAUAUUGUUACUGCAUUGCGAUGCUUAUAUAAGAAUCGUAUAUUUUUCUUGACAUGUAGCAAUUUUAGUCAGUCCAUUACUCUAUUGAUCUCCAUGAUGAUAAACAUAAAAAUCAGAGAGGGAACAAUAUGAACUAAAGGUACACGGUUGUUUCGUUAAGUGUUUUGUGCAUAUUGGUGCAUAUUGACUUAUUUUUUUGUAAUAAAAUCUAUAAUUUAUUCUAUAUAUUUUAUAAAUAUAUGUCGUCAUAUGAUAUUGUAAUACCUCUUUAUGCAGAUACAGUUAUCGAGUUUCACUUCUAGAGAUUAUAGAUCAUUACAAGCGGGGAAACAAGUAUUAUCAUAAUGCAAUACAUAUAUAUUUUGACCCAGAUGUGUGCCUUGUAGUAGUUGUGCGAGCCUUUUCUUAUGAUUCCAAGCAUAUAAGUAAUAAAUUUAUGUCCAAAGGUACAUUACAGUUAUCAAACGCAGCAUAAAACGAAGAGUGAAGGAUGGCGAGAGGGAGAGAGGAACGGGGUGUCUAAAACAAAGCUGCGGUGUCAUUUAAUUAUAUAAACGGGAUGAAUAGGUAUCUAUAUAUAGAAUAUCAGGCAUAUCUGGGUUGAAUAGUAGACACCUACUAUUAAUUUUGUCAUAAUUGUUUCGAUAUGAUAUUAAAGGUUCAUGACGAAUUAUUUGUUUUUGCAAAUAGUUGAUAUAUAUAUAUUAACAUAAACAUUGAUAUAUGUAUAUACGAUAUAUAUGUGAUUGUUGGAAAUAAUUACGAAAUUCAGAUAUAAAGAGAGACUUUAUUCUCACGUGAACGUUGACCCACGAUGAAAAUGGUCAACUAAUCAGGAAAAUAUGUCAUCCGUGCAUGAAAAAAUGGGAAUUGAAUAGUAGAUAUGUAUUUUUCAAUGAACUUCAAGUUCAACUUUGCCUUAUAUUUUAUUCCACGAUUUGUGUUUAAAAGUUUGGUCAAGAUGCGAUCUUUUUGUGUGUAUGAUUUGUAUAUGAUUUAUAGUGACAUAGAAAUGACAAGUAGCAAAAAGAGAGUCGUGGCUUCCAGGCGUAAUAUAAAUUUGUGUCCACACAAAAAAAUUUUUGGAUAUUUUUACAAAUUAAGUAACGUGUGUGUUCAAAACAUACAUAUAAAAAGAUAUUGAUUUAAUCUUUAAACUUCAGAGUCCCACUUCAUUUGCAUGUCUUUGCGCAUUUCUUUUUAGAAGAGAUGUACAAAUAGAGACGUAAAGUCGGCGAAUGAAAGAGAGAUGCGCCAAAGAAUUGCAGCACGCUACGCUACUUCACGUGAUAAUUAGCUCUCCCUUUAAAGUUUCGCUGAGGCGAAGUAAAUUCCACAUAAAUUCCUCAAAGGACACUAUAAUCAAUUCCCACUUCUUUAUGCUCGUUCUGAGUUCACACCAAGUUAUACUAAACUGUUGAUGUGUAAAUAUUAUAAAAACUAACUAUGUAUAGAGAAGAGAGAAGAAAGUUUUUGAUUCAGAUGUAAAAGAAUCGUAAUAUAUUGUGAAUUGCAUUUGUUAAAAAUAGGUCGAGAUGUUCCAAACUGUGAAACAAUAUAUCAUGAACGAAACGGAGUCAAUGCUUGUUUAAGGGUCAAUGAUUAAUUACUCUAUGGCCUAUAUUGUAUUAAUUAAAGUAUAAUAUAUGGAUUGUAAAAAUACAUUGAAGUUAUUUGGAAAAGUUGAUGAUAGCAACGAUAAAAGUAAAUGCCGCUACUUUAUUUAUGACCCUUUACAAUGAUUUCUUUUACUCGAUGUGAUAGAGCUGGACAACCCUUUAAUAUACGAUAUGUUACUGAUACACAUAUCUAAUUGUUUUCAUGCAGGAACAUAUAUGCAAAUUACCUUCCACGUUUAUCUUUGUAUUAUUUAAAUAAAACUGUUUUAAAAACCGUU